ACGUCACGCUAUUGAUUGUGAAAAAAAGGAAGGAGAUCGUCUUUUGGUAGAGACGCCAUCUUAAAACAAAGUGAUAUAAGUUUUUGGUAUCGUAGAAUAUAGUAAAAAUCUAAAGUAAUCGUUUUUAAGAAAUUAGCAUUCGAGCUUAGACUAUUUAUAUUUCGUAAUACCAGGUUUAACGGACCAAGUUGGUGGUCGGAGCGAGGGUGACCUCCUGAUGGUGUGUACAUCGCAGCAUGUCUGCACUCUCGACGCCGGGCGGCGGAGGCACUACGGCGCAGACGAAGCCGACGUCCGGCAAGCAAAAAUAUCAGAAAUUGGAUAUCAAUAGCUUAUACUGCACUAACAGAAACGAGAAUUCAGAACCGUCCUUAGUAAAAUCUCAACUAAGCCGCAAACAUGGAAUGCAAAGUCUCGGAAAAGUACCUUCGGCAAGGCGCCCACCAGCCAAUUUGCCUUCUUUGAAAACUGAAACUGGUCAAGACCCUAACUCUAAUUCUAUUACUGCUGUUACUACAACUAUAUCUACUCCAGCAACAUGCACUUCUCAGACUAUUCCUUCAACAACCACUCCUGGUGCGGCUGUAACCACAUGUCCAACCGGUUGGGUGUCACUUCCACCACCAUCAUCCCCACACUUCCGCACAGAGUUCCCCUCAUUGGAAGCUGCUGCUCAACCUUCACAUCGUUCGACAGAUCAUUCAACGACGCAACCACAACUCAGACCACAAACGGAAGGCAGCUGGACGUGCGGUGGCACCGCCGGCGUACGACAAGAGACUACAUCACCCGCCGCCGCGCCCGCCUCCACGCCCGCCUCACAGCAAACACCCGCUUACCGUGCUAUUCUUCCAUCUUUCCUGAUGAAAGGUAACACUGGUAGCGGGCUCGGGUUGGGUACAUUGAAUACGCUGCGCGACAAUAGAAGCGGUGGUAGUGGAAGUUCAAGCAGCGCCAGUAAUACCAACGCCGGAGGCCCGCGUCCGCCACCUCGCCCGCCGGCAACACCGCGAGCUGUAGAAGUUCUUACUGCUCGCCCUAUACUACGUGAGGAACAAAUCUCUUCCCUAGAUGAUAUCUCACGCGACGCUGGAUGGGCACAACACGACGAUAUUGACUAUGAUCAAAAAUUGGACUUCUCUGAUGGAGAGUCGUCGGCUCCAAGUAAAAUGAGUAAUAAGAAUAAUAAUAACCGGACCAGUAUUGAUGUAGAACAUGUCGAUAAUAAAAUUCAUGAGCCGGCAGAUGAAGAGCAAAUAUGGGCAGAACGUAGGCAGAAGCAAAAUAAUGAGGUAGCUCAAGUAAUAGCACGUGCACGCCAACGAAAAGAAGAAGAACAAAGACGUCAGACUGCUCGAGAUGCAGUGCCUCCAAUGCAGCAGUCUAAAGAUUCUCGCGAAAGAACAGAAAGAGAUCGCAAUGAUAAUAGGGAUAGAGAAUCUGACAGAGAGAAAGAGAGACUCGAUAACAGAGACAGGGAUCGUUCAGAUAAUAGAGAAAGAGACCGUUUGGAUAAUAGAGAUAAAGAUCGAAAUGAUCUUCGUGAUAUAAGAGAUAAAGAGCGAGCUGAAAGUAAUCGCAUUGAAAGCAGAGAUAGAUUUGAUAACAGAGAUCGGGAACGUGAUAUUAGAGACAGAGAUCGCGAAAGAGAUAGAUUGGACAGUAGAGAAAGGAGCCGUAUCGAAAAUAGAGAUCGUCAAGAUAGUGAUAAAGACAGAAUGGACCCACGUGAUAGGGAUCGCAAUGAUAACCGAGAUCGUGGAGAGCGUAUUGAACGUGAUAGAUUUGAUAGAGAAAGAGAUCGUGACCGUGAUCGAGUAGACAGAGACAGGAAUGAUCGCGACAGGGAUCGGGAACGUGAUUUCAGAGACAGAGAUCGCGAUUAUGGUAGAGACCGUGAUCAAGGCAAUCCAGCAUUUUCAAAGACUUUUCAAGCUAAUAUUCCUCCUCGAUUUUUAAAGCAACAACAGAACCGACAACAAGAAGAACAACAUAAGGCCUGGGCAUUUUCUGGAAAACCAGCUCCUAGACGACAAGAGCCUCCUCCAUAUAAUGCUCCUCGUCAUACGCCUCACAAUGGUCGACGUUCAUAUUCAAGGGAUUAUUCUGAUCGUGAAGAUGAUUUCCGAAGAGACAAAGAUGGACCUGGACCACAAUGGCGGUCUGAAAUGCAAGAUUAUGAAAAACCUGCAAGAGAAUUGGACAGAUCUAAUUCUAAAGAUUCAUAUAAAGACUAUGGUGAAUAUAAAGAUAGAAGAAAUGAGUCAGAUAGAAAAUCCAUGGAUAGUUCUAGUACUAUUGAACAUAGCAGUAGAACAGCUGCUGAUAAAUUAACAGAAGUAUUCGAAAGAAAAAGUAUAGGUCUUACUGACUCUUUUCCAUCAUCUGAUUCAUCAUCACAAACACAAGCACCAGAAAGACGCAAUUCACCUCCUUCCAAUGUUACUCAUCGAGAAUCAUCUGAAAGAGACUUUGGUAAAACCUCAUGGGCAGAAAUCACACAAGAUGAUUCACCCAGUUAUAUGGUUCUUAAACCUGUUGAAAAGAUUUCACCGCCAAAAGAUGUUGAACAUAUUGUAAAAGAUUCUCAUGAUCAUGAAAAUGAGAAAUCCAUUUCUUCGUUACAACAAACAGCAGUAGUUCAGCCGAUUCAACAAAACUCACCUGCGGCAAAUCACACUGCUAUUUCCCCUGCUCCUCAAAAUCAGAUUCAUAAAUACAAUCAUUCUCCUAGCGGUAAAAACUUCAUUCAAAAUCAACAAAUAGGUCCCUAUGCAAAUAUUCCAUUGCAAAGUAAUGCAUCUAAUAAUCAAACUACUUCUUUCUCUGACAAUAGUCAAUCUUUGAAUAAACCUAUAAAUCCACCUCUUUCUAAACCUAAUAGUCAAAAUGAUAAUCUUCUACCUUCACAAAUUCAAAAUCUUCCUUCCUCUGAAAUGCAUUUACCUGCGAGUAAACCUACAUUUAUAUCUCAAAAAUCUGAAAAGGAGUUGUCUGAAUCUGAAUCUAUUGCAUCUAAAUCUAGUACUGAUCCUUCGGGAUUGGUAAAUGUUAAGAACAAUGAAAUACAAUCGGUGGAAUCUCUACAUGGUAAUGUCGAUUCUCAAAAGCGAUCUGUUGAUGACAAACGAAAUGAAAGAUUUAGUAAUGAACAGCUUAAUAAAAUACCAGGAAAAGAGCCCAUUGAACGAAAAUCCAGUGGGUCGGGAUCUGAGAAGAAAGGCAGAGGGUAUGGAGGAGGUGGAUAUGCUGUUUACAACAGAGGUUGGGGACCACGUGAAUCUCGCGGAAGACGUUCACAUCGUAGUUCUCGGUCUAAUAAUAGAGCUAGUGAAUCAGAAGGUUCAACAGAUGGUGCACCAAAUUCUGAACGUAAAGAACGACGCAGAGCGCCACGAAGUCCUCGGGGACCUAAGAAAACAGAUAGACAUGAUGAUCCUAAUCGACCACCAGUAGAACAGAUCCCACAUACAUCAGAUAACAUAGAGAAUAGAGAACCUUUUGCACCACGAGGACAGCCUUCUCGACGAGGGAGAGGCGGUUUUCAGGGUACUUCACGCCCACCAGCGCCUGCUAAAAGAGUAACAGGUUAUGGACCACCAAACACUAAAAGCCCUUUCAGUCAAGCCAAUAGAGCAGUUAAAGAAAAUGAUGAUAUAAAAGAUAAUGUUCCAACAGAGGACAAAGCGAAAUCACAUAAUAAACCUAGAACAGGGUCAUCUACAGGUAGAGGUCGUGACCGUCGUCCCAAAGGUGGUCCUCACAGUGGAGAAGAUGAAAAUUGGGAAACAACUUCUGAACAUUCCGAAGGAGGUGGUGCAAGUGGUCGACGUCGAUCUCUGGGUGCCAGACAAUCUGGUCAAGCUCAAAAAAGUGGUCAGGGUGGACGAAAUGUCAACAGUCGUCAAAAUAAUACCCGAAACUCACAAGGAGUAAAGAAAGACACAACUGGUGAUAAAACUACUGAUACGACGGAGGUUAUGAGCGAUGUUAAAUUAUCAUCAACGAAAAAAGAAGAUGAAGUUAUUGAUGACGGAUUCCAAGAAGUUAGAACUAAGAAAACUUCUAAAGAAAUAAGAGGCACUUCAUCCAAAGAGGACAAUCAACUUAUUGUCAAACAACCAAGAUCCCAUUCUAAUCAAGGUGGUGGUCGAAAUGGGUCAUCGACCAGAAAUUCCAAUGACAAAUCUAAUUCACGGGGCUCUGUCCCUGUUUCUGGUAAAACCGUAACACAGUAUGAUCGCCCACGUCAAGCAAACUUGGCUCCAAGAUUUGUCAAACAAAGACAAAAGCAACAGAUGGGUCUGGUUAGUGGAUUCGGACCAGACACUGGAGCAGCGCCUCCUCCGCCGCCAGUUAAUGCUUGGGAUAAACCCAUAUCGCAAACACUACGAGGUAACGCCGAGGAACCCGUUGAAGUAACCGAAAAUAAAUCAGGACAAUCCAGUCAACGCAGUUCACCUGGAGAUGCUGCAGUUGAGGCCAAAACUACGCCAGUUUCAUGUGCUGUAGUAGCUGCUGAUAAAGCUGGUGUUUUGGAUGGAACUACACCCCCUGUAGAAACAAUUAUAUUUGAGAAUACUAAUUAUAAGACUGCUCCACCCGCUGAGGCCUUAAAACAAAAAUAUCAACCUAGUGCUACCACUGCCAAACCUCAGGGUGAGGAGAUGACAGGUGAAAUUGAUACACGGCCUGUUUCCUUUAAUGGUGAUGUUAGGUCACGCCCGCGAUCUAUUCAAGAACUCAUAGCUGAUAAUGGAAGACCUGCAACAGAUGGUGAAUCCACACUUGGUUUACAAAUGCCUUUUGAUACAUCCCAAAAAACAGAAGACUCUUCAGAUAUGAAGCUUGAUUUCGCUUUUGAUUCUGAUUCCCUUGGACAGCUCACAGAAGAUAAAUCAGCAAAAUUAGGAUUACCUCGUGGUGUACAUAUGAGUACCUCGAACACUAUUUCACCUUUGGCGGCAGAUCUCAAUUUAAAAAUCGCUAGCGUGAAAAAAGUGUGGGAAAUGCCAGCAGUAGCUGAAGGUAGUGAAGAACUACAAUUUCCCGGUUUCGAAGAAUCUAAUACAGAGACUGGCGCUCCACCAAAUGUUUGUAAAGUGAAACCAACACAGCAGUUGCAGUCACCGCCUCCUCAACAUUACAAUCAUGUAGGCUAUCAAGGAGGAUACGGCGGCUUAUCAGUACCAUCGCCGCCCGCCGUAUUAUUUAAUUCUUCUCAACAGUUAUUAGGCUCUUCACAACAAUUACAACAGCAGGGUGGGCUUUAUGGAGCAUUCCUUGAUCAAAGCCGAGGUCAGUUUGGAGGAUUUCCUGGAACACCAUAUGGUGCUGGUUCAGCUACACCUUACAAUUAUCAGCCACCUCCUGAUAUGUUCCAGAGCCUUCCAAAUCAGUACCGAAUGGCGGCUGCUGCAGGCGGCGGUGCGGCAUUCGGGCAGUCAGGACAGCUUGGCAAUAGUCCUAGCACUGUUUUAAUCUCCAGUACUUCUAAUUCUCUCAUGUCGGCUACAGUAAAGCCUUCGACUCAACAAAUUGGCGCCAUUGGCAGUAAGGGCGGUGGCGUUGGUGGAGUAGGCGGUGUGGGUGGAGUUGGUGGAGUGGGCAGCGUGAGCACAUACCAGCAGCAGUACCUGGGCUACUCAGGACCGGUGGGCGAGGCGCCGUAUUCCCUACAGGGGCUGCUCCCACGGCCUGCGCCUCCCGCUAGCUCCUACUACUCACCGUACCAGCCGCCGGCAGCCCCCGCGCCUACUUAUCCGUUGCAAUUCACACAGCCAGCCCAGUCUGGCGCUUUCGGCUCGCAAUUCAUAUCAUCACAGUUACAAGUUGCUGCUGCCGUCCAGCAAAUGCAGCAACAAUACCGAGCGCCAUUGCAGCAACAGUACGCCCCGCCGCAGCCGCGGCCGCCACCGCAGCAACUCAAGAGUCCGCUGCACGAGCACGCUAAUGGGUUCGCUCCUCUAUGCGAGUCGGCAUCACCUACGCCCAAGGGCGCGACCAAGCCGCAAAAGCCGCCGCACUCGCCGCCGCAGCACAAGUACCACGCGCCGCCGCCGCACCCGCCACACCCGCCGCACCCACCGCACCCGCCGCACCCGCCACCUGCGCACACGCCGCAUCAGCACCACCAGCAGCACCAACAACAGCAAAUGAUGGGCGGCAACAACGGGCGGUGCGCGGGUGGCAGCGGAGGCGGCGGCGGCGGCGGUAUGUCGCGCGGCGGUAUGGUGGCCCCGCGGUACCCGGCCCCCAUACAGCGCCCGCCCGCGCUGCCGCUCUACCGCGCGCCCGCCCCCGCGCCCGCGCCCGCUCCCGCGCCCGCGCCCGCGCCCGCGCCCGCGCCCCGCCCGCACCACGCGCAGCGGCCCAACCUCUACUAUCACCACCACCAGCGCAACGGCGGAGGCAGCAACGAGCGUGCUUCGGAGAGUGGAGAGGUGCCAGCGACAGCGGACGAGCCCGCUGAAGUGACGGUCGCGACGGAAACGCCCGCCGCCGCCGAGGUAAAGGCCGAGUGAACGGCCCUACCACAACUCGGUCUCCAGCUCUCGCCGCCUUCUGCCUUCCGCGCAGACGCGGUAUGCUCGGCCCCCUCAGGAUAUCGCCGAGCUUGGCUUUAGGUUUUCGGUAUUUUAAUUAAGUCGUAAAUUAUGGAAGUGAUUAUAGGAUCUAUUUAAGAUGUGUACGGAUCGAUACGCCGCCCGUCGGCUACCCGGACAGCCGACGGUCGGCGUAUGCCGGCAGUGGGCUCCGGCAGCUCCGCCUCUUGGGUCAAAUGACACACGAGAGGCGCUUUGUUUGUAUGUAAAUAUAUUGAUCGGACGGACAUCCGGCUAUCUAUUUGACUGUUACAUUUAAGAAUAUAAACGCGAACGGUCGGCGGCCUCGUUCGAUCGACCGACGUACCGCGAGGACUUGACGUCCGACUGACCGAUGCUGCCUCGAGACCUCUCACUAGUAAAUAUGUAGCGACGGUUUUUGCAGAACGAGUGUCGAUGCAAUAUAAAUGAAUAAUAAAUGUAAUUUGGAGCUAAAACGUUAUAGUUCCACUCCUUCUGUGGCAAGUAAAUCACGUUUGAGCUCCAUGUAUCAUAACCAAUUAUUAUAAUAUGCGAAUAAAAUUAUUAUGACCGAA